UCCUUUCUUUUUUUCAAAGUUGUUUCCAAUACAAAAGAAUAUUCUCUGAGAUUAUAAUUUCCUAUUCACUACACUUAGUAAUAAAUUUUCUUUUACUAAUUUCCAUUUUACCAAAUCCAUUAAUUUCAGAACGGUUUAGAAAGGAAAUCAAUUAUAAUAAGCGCUGGCUCGCUCUUGCUUGUAUCCUAAGACAUUAGGGUUUUAGUGUGUCUCUUCACUUGGCUCGAGAGUUUGCAAAAGUUUUUCCUUCACAGGUGAGAAAUAUGGAUUCUUUUGAGAUUCUGUGAUUUCUGGUUGGACUACUGUUUUGUUUAUAUAUACAAUCUUUUGUACCUAUUUUUGUUUUUGUAGAGUCUUAUACUUAACGUACGGCAUGGAAUGUAAUAAGGAAGAAGCUAGAAAAGCGAUCGAGAUGGCGGAGAGGAAACUUUCAGAGAAUGAUUUCAGUGGUGCGAAGAAGUUCAUUAACAAGGCUCAUAAUUUGUAUCCAAACCUUGAUGGUUUGAAGCAAGGGUUGAUGAUGGUCGAUGUUUAUAUCUCUGCAUCAAACAGAGGAGAAGAAGAAGAAGCUGAUUGGUAUGGAAUUCUCGGUGUAGAUCCUUUAGCUGAUGAUGAAUCAGUGAAGAAACAGUACAGGAAGUUAGCACUUUUGCUUCACCCGGACAAGAACAAGCUUAAUGGUGCGGAAGGCGCCUUUAAGCUGGUUACAGAAGCUUGGUGUAUGUUAUCUGAUAAGGUUACGAGAACUUCUUAUGAUCAAAGGGGAAGUUUGAAGAAGCAAAGACCGAGAUGCAGAAACAACCAUACCCACAUCAGCCGGCUUCUAGUGGGAUGCAAAAACCACCAAACCCAUGUGAGCCUGCUUCUUAUAAUGGCAAUCACAAUGCUAGAGACAGAGAUGCAAAGACUGAGAUGCAUAAACAACCAUACCCACAUAGGCCUGCUUCUAGUGGGAUGCAGAAACCACCAAACCCAUGUGACCCUGCUUCAAAUAGUGGUAAUGAAAAUGCUAGAGACAGUACUGUGGAUCAAAGUGUUGGGGAUUUAAGUAAUAAGAUUGCUGGUUGGAUAAAGGAACGACUAAAUUUACUCAGGCAAGCAGCCUCUUCGGAUGAGAACCAAAAUGCUAGAGACGGUGUGGAUCCAAGUAAUGGGGAUCGAGGUAAUAAGCUUUCUCGUUGGAUAAAGAAACGACUAAGUUCACUCAAGCCAGCAUCUUAUAAUGGGAAUCAAAAUGCUAGAGACGACGGUACCUUUUGGACAAUGUGCAAUAGAUGCAAGGCACAAGGUAAAUAUAUGAGGGAUGAUUGUCUUGAUAAGGCCAUACUUUGUCCACAUUGUGAUCACCCUUUCAUUGCAAGUGAGAUCAGUCCAGAGGCAAGCCCCCAAAACACAAGUGGUGGUACUUAUUUCAAGAGAUUUUCUCCAUCAUCUGUUAGUUUCCACUUGAGUUGUUGUAAGGUCCAGGUCUUAUAGUGGAAGGAGUCACAAGAAAUAGUUGCUACCGCAGAGAAGAUUCUAUAGAAGCCAAAGACAUAUGUGACAGAAGAAGUAAGAACUAAAAGAUAAUCACAUUAAGAAGUUGAAGUUUCCAUCUUUUCAAGGAACUUUUUUUUUUAAAUCUUUUUCAUUAGAUGAAGUUAAAUAAUCUGUUUUUUUUCAUUACAUAUCACCCCUAUUGUGUGUGCCACGUUUCCAAGUUCUCAUAGGAAUGAUAAAGAUAAGCAUUUGUUCACCUAUUGUGUGUGUCAGCAGUCCAAUAUUUAAUGUAUCUUGAGGUGCGUAUGAUCUUAUAAUUAGAAACUGAAAUAACUUGAAGUCAUAUCAGGAAGCUAUUACUCGCAAGCAAAUAGGAUCGAACGAUUGAACCUUGAAGAAAUAGUAAGGCUUUUGGUAGAACUGUGUCGAACCAUGGAUUCAAGAUUGUAUUGGAAUUGGAGAAGAGCGUGAUAUGUGUACCAAAAAUACAAGUCAUUUAAAACUAAGGUACUGUAAUGGUUAGUAGUAGUAGUGUUAGGGGUCAAUCACCAUCACAGAAUACUCUGUUUCUUCGUUAACUUGUUUGUUGUAUUGAAACUACUAUCUUCAUUGUCAGCCAAAUAAAAUUAGUACCUUGAAAUUAUAACUCGAUUUAACUUUAAAAUCAGCUCAUUAAAGACAAAUUAGUACUACUUCUACUACAAUAAUAAAGCUUUAGUAAUUAAGAGAGCAAAGAUAGAAACAGCCUUAUAUUGUAGUUAAUAAUCAAAGAUCAUCAUCAUCAAUCACCACAAACAAAGAGAAAAAAAAAUGGAAACUUCUAAACCAUCUAGAGGAUUUUGCCUUUUUUAAUUUCUAGGGAUUUUUUUAUAGCAAAAACACAAU